AAGCUCCCUCCUCCCCUUCUCUCCCACUCUCCAACAGGCUUCAAACGAUUGUAUCGUUUCGCUGGUUCAGAAGAUAAACUUAAUUAUCUUCCUCAAUCUCCCUCUCAAUCUGAACUUCAAUGUUGUCCGUACUGAAUUCAGUUCUGUCGACAAGGCUAUCCAACAUCAACAGCUCCAGCUUCCGAGUUCCAACUCGGCCUAUUUUGUCUCCUUGUUCUGUUUCUUUCACCACGCGGAGACUGACUGUGAGGGCACAGGAGCCUAGUGCGGAAGAAGUUAAAUCACAGGCACCAGAUAAAGCGCCGGCUGCUAAUGGGUCCAGCUUCAAUCAGCUUCUUGGCAUCAAAGGAGCUGCACAAGAAUCUAAUAAAUGGAAGAUUCGUCUUCAACUGACAAAGCCUGUUACUUGGCCUCCAUUAAUUUGGGGAAUAGUUUGUGGAGCUGCUGCUUCUGGAAACUUCCAUUGGAAUUUGGAGGAUGUUGCUAAAUCGAUUGUUUGCAUGAUCAUGUCUGGCCCUUGUCUCACUGGCUAUACACAAACAAUUAAUGAUUGGUAUGAUCGAGAGAUUGAUGCAAUUAAUGAACCUUAUCGUCCAAUUCCGUCUGGUGCAAUAUCUGAGAAUGAGGUGAUUACCCAGAUCUGGGUGCUUCUUCUGGCAGGCCUUGGCUUAGGUGGUUUGUUAGACGUGUGGGCAGGACAUAAUUUCCCAAUAGUGUUUUACCUAGCUCUCGGUGGGUCCUUGCUGUCAUACAUAUACUCUGCCCCACCUCUGAAGCUGAAACAAAAUGGUUGGAUUGGAAAUUUUGCUUUGGGAGCAAGCUACAUAAGUUUGCCAUGGUGGGCUGGUCAAGCAUUGUUCGGGACGCUUACACCUGAUAUAAUCAUUCUCACUCUGUUGUACAGUAUAGCUGGGUUAGGUAUUGCAAUCGUAAAUGACUUUAAGAGCAUCGAAGGAGAUAGAGCGAUGGGACUUCAGUCACUUCCAGUAGCUUUUGGUGCUGAAACUGCUAAAUGGAUGUGUGUCGGUGCAAUCGACAUAACUCAGAUAUCUGUGGCUGGUUAUCUACUAGGGGCUGGUAAACCAUAUUAUGCCCUAGCAUUGCUAGCUUUGAUAAUUCCGCAAGUCGUCUUUCAGUUUCAGUACUUCCUCAAAGAUCCUGUAAAAUAUGACGUUAAAUAUCAGGCUAGUGCCCAGCCAUUUCUGGUACUUGGUUUGCUUGUCACCGCUUUAGCAGUAAGUCAUCACUGAUGUUCUCAAGCAGUCUCAUGCCAUUGGCAGCAAGGGGAAUAAGAGAUGGGAGAAAUAGAAGAAAGGGAAAACGCGAAAACAUUCCGAUUGUAGUAAAAGUGAUUGAACAGCGUUUUAAGCUUAUAGUGUAUCUAUAAAACUCUGCUAAAUUUCAUUAUUCCACCAGCCUUCUCCCACGUUGCCCCGCAAAUGAAGCAUCUUUUAAGAACUUACGAGGCACAAAAAGUUCCAUUUUUCUAUUUUUGAGCCUGGAUUUGGAUUUAUUUGCCAAAUGUAUUUUGAAUUACGGAGAGGAAUUUGUUUGGCAUUAAAUAUGUUUCUUGGCCUAUA